AUGAACAGGACGGGAGGAGCAUCCGCUGGUUUGGCGAACGAGCGCCCGACACGGACGCAGGCGAGGACACCACAUUGCUCCAUCCCUUCUGUGCUCGAAGGCAGCGAAGCCAACUUGACCGAUGUGAGCGCAGCGGAGACCGGCCCACCUUUCGCCUCGGCGCUCGCAGCUGGUGCUCUGUCUGGUCUCACCGUCGACCUGCUCUUCUUCCCAAUAGAUACCAUCAAGACGCGUCUGCAAUCUGCACAGGGAUUUUGGGCAGCAGGCGGAUUCUCCGGCGUCUACCGUGGACUCGCCUCAACAGCCGUCGGCUCGGCUCCUGGCGCCGCCGUCUUCUUUACCACGUAUGAGUCGAUGAAGCCUGCACUCGUGCGGUGGGCGCCAGGUGUUUUUGGUGGCGAAGGCACCUUGGGUCCUGCUGGAGUGCACAUGGCUGCUGCCUCGAUCGCCGAAAUUGCCGCCUGCCUCAUCCGCGUGCCAACCGAGGUGAUCAAGUCUCGUCAGCAGACCAUGGCAUACGGUAGGGGUACCACAACUUUUCAGGCAUUCACAAAGGUCUUUCAAGAGGCAGGUCUACGCGGCUAUUAUCGAGGAUUUGGCAGUACGGUCGGCCGUGAGAUUCCAUUCACUUGCAUCCAGUUCCCCCUGUACGAGAAACUCAAGCUCGAAAUGGCUCGAUCCAGGCUUCGGUCCCAGGGCGUUCCGAUCGACACGAUAGCCAACGACGGUAUUCUGACGUCUGUAUCGGAUCUCGAGCUGGUCCGCAACCUGCCGACUUGGCAAGCUGGUCUUGCGGGAAGCAUUGCAGGCGCAAUCGCCGCCGGCCUUACUACACCGCUGGACGUGGUGAAGACCCGCAUCAUGCUGCACACCAAGCAGGCAGCUGCCACAGGUACGAAAUCAGCAUCCGGCUCCUCGGCUGCUGCUGCUGCUACGAUGUUCGAGACGCUCCCGCGCGGUGUCAACACAAACAUAAUCCCGACAUUGUUGCAUAUUGGGCGUACAGAGGGUAUAAAGACGCUCUUCAGCGGCUUCCUCCCGCGCACAAUGUGGAUCGGAUUGGGCGGUGCCGUCUUCCUAGGCACCUUUGACGCCGGUAUUAAGACGCUUUCUUGA